CAGUACGUCGUCGAUGAGGACGUGGCGAGGAGGAAAACGCGGAGACAGAAACAUGACGCGGCAGCGGAUCCGCUGCUCCACGUGGACUGUCAUGACAAAAACACUCCGGUCUCGUGGCAGACAGAGCGCGCGCACGUGGCCGCCGUUGCGCAGUGCAGUCUGUGGCGCGAGCAGGGCGGAUGUUCUGCGCUUUUACGGACACAAACCGAACCGAAGCUCUAUUUUGUCCGCGUGUCAGAUAUGCAGACAGGUGUGUCAAUGGAGUUACAUCUGACCAGACUGGGCCAGUGUUUCCUGUGCCUGUUCCUGCUUUUACACCUGUGCCUGGCUGCACCAGGGCUGCCUGGGACAGAAAGGGAGGUAUCAUUAGACACACAUUCCUCUUCAGUAGUGUUGGCCAAUCCCUUUGGUUCUAGAGAGGAAGACCACAGGUUACUUCAGAGCUACAUUCAGUCAAGUCUGAAGGAUGACAAAGGAGGAACAGAGAUCAACACGUGGGAACAAGAGGUAUUCUUCCUGUUUCGUCUUUAUGACUUUGACCGCAGUGGCUUCUUGGAUGGUUUAGAGAUGAUGAAGCUACUGUCAGACUACAACUCCCACACUGCAUCUGAAGCACAGGCCAAUGAGCUGGUGGUAUCCCUGGUUGAUUUCUUAUUGCAAACUCAGGAUGUGAACCAGGACGGCCUGUUGGCGCCUUCUGAGUUGCUGUCUCCUGGAUUACCUGACACACAGGGCUCCAGCAGCAACAGUGCUCCUCAUCAAGACCAAAAGGUGGCAGUGGAGGAGAAGCAAUCAAACCCCGAGACAGACGAGCAGGGAGGAGUAGGGAAAGAGGAGCGUGAACAACAACAGACCCAGCAUCAAGAGGAAGAACAUCUUGAGCAACAAGCAAAGGCAGAAGAAGAUGAAGCUGUAGAGCAGAUAGAUGAACAGUAUGGACAGAAACAUAUAGACCCUCCAGUGGAAAUAGAAAAGCUGGACCAGGAAGCUCCUGUUCAUCAGGGACAACCAGAGAUAUGAGCAGGCAAACACAGGUCUAGUCACACAAACAUUACAUCCUUCCACAGUAAGUGUCCACUUGGUUCCAGGCUACAGAAGAACAAUGACGGUUAACAAAGACCACUCUCACCUCUACAGAUUAACACUGUAAUUUCCCUCCGGAUCUGAAGUUCAUUGGGUUGACAACUUGACAACAGCUGGUAGUAGAUGACUGACAAAAUAAAUAAAUGCAAAACUGUUUGAAAUGGGACAAA